UGUUGCUAUUAGCGUUGAGACACAAAUGCGACCUUCGAAAUUCGGAUGCUUCAACCACUAACCUGAACUGGUCCUUCUUUGGCCACACCCUUACGCGCUUGCGAACUAUAUCCCAAGAUGCACCUUAGUUGCGCUAAAUAUGCUAGACAUCGAGCAUGUUGCUCAACCGGUCGCCUCCUCUUGCGCGCGCCUUCGUUACGACGAGUGGUUGCAGCGCGCGCUGGACGCGACAAGAGCAGAACGGACGAGGCGAGGGGAGGUCUGGACCCUUACCUUGAGGUUGCGGUGCCAAGGGACCAGCGACCAGUGAACCAGCUGGCGGAGUUAAAAGAGGACCCAUUGUACAGCUGGGGCGCCCUGGACGCUCCCCAGUACCUGCAGCGGCUUGCGGGCGUGUGGGCCUUCUUCUUCGCCGCGGUGGGGGGACCCAUCGCCUACCAGACAUUCGACCCCGUGCAGCAGCCCCUGGAGUGGUUCCUGGCCGGCAGCACGGGGUCGCUGGUGGUGGUGGCGGCGCUGGUGGCGCGCAUCUACCUGGGCUGGAGUUACGUG